AUUAGGGCAUUUGACCGUCAACUCCGAGGCCAACGACCGUCAUCUUCGUCAUUAUCAUCAUGGUGAUCAUGCAUUUCUUCCCUUUGUUUUUGUUUCUGUGAAGGAGAGAAGAGGAGGAGAGUAAGCCAGCAAGAGGAAGCAUUUUUAAAUCUUUCUGGUAAAGGCUUGAUGUUGUUCAGUUGAAAGACAACAGUAAAAAAUUUGGGAGUUGGGGAACGGUACAUAAGCUGAAUUGUCUAAAUAUGGCUUCAGUUCGUGUGGUUCCCUCCACAGGAUUGAGGGAUUCCAAUGGAAAUGCAGUUGGUGUUGAUAAAUUACCUGAGGAAAUGAACGAUAUGAAGAUAAGGGAUGACAAGGAAAUGGAGGCAGCUGUGGUGGAUGGUAACGGCACUGAGACUGGUCAUAUAAUUGUCACCACAAUUGGUGGGAAAAAUGGCCAGCCAAAGCAGACAAUAAGCUAUAUGGCGGAGCGUAUUGUUGGGAAUGGAUCGUUCGGAAUUGUCUUCCAAGCAAAAUGCUUGGAGACUGGUGAAACUGUAGCAAUUAAAAAAGUGCUCCAGGACAAGAGGUAUAAGAAUCGUGAGCUGCAGACCAUGCGUCUUCUGGAUCAUCCAAAUGCUGUAUCCUUGAAGCACUGCUUCUUUUCAACGACAGAGAAAGAUGAACUUUACCUGAAUCUGGUGCUGGAAUAUGUACCCGAGACUGUUCACCGAGUAGUGAAACAUUAUAACAGGAUGAAUCAACGAAUGCCUCUGAUAUAUGUGAAACUUUAUACCUACCAGAUUUGUCGUGCAUUGGCCUAUAUACAUGAUAGUCUUGGCGUGUGCCACAGAGAUAUUAAACCACAAAACCUUUUGGUAAAUCCACACACUCACCAACUUAAAUUAUGUGAUUUUGGAAGUGCAAAAGUGUUGGUGAGAGGAGAGCCAAAUAUAUCAUACAUCUGUUCUAGAUACUAUCGGGCUCCUGAACUUAUAUUUGGAGCCACUGAGUAUACUACAGCAAUUGAUAUUUGGUCUACUGGCUGUGUCCUUGCUGAGCUACUACUUGGACAGCCGCUCUUUCCUGGUGACAGUGCAGUCGAUCAGCUUGUGGAAAUAAUUAAGGUACUUGGGACACCUACCAGGGAGGAGAUUAAAUGCAUGAAUCCCAACUACACGGAGUUCAAAUUCCCACAGAUUAAGGCACACCCUUGGCAUAAGAUAUUCCACAAGCACAUGCCACCUGAAGCUGUGGACCUUGUCUCCAGACUUCUACAGUAUUCGCCAAAUCUUCGGUGUACUGCGUUAGAGGCACUUGUUCAUCCAUUCUUUGAUGAACUAAGAGAUCCAAAUGCUCGUCUUCCAAAUGGGCGACCACUGCCUCCACUUUUCAACUUCAAGCCCCAAGAGCUGAAAGGGGUGAGGAUGGAGAUGUUGGUAAAGUUGGUACCUGAACAUGCUAGGAAGCAGUGUCCGUUCCUUGGAUUGUGAUGUGACUCGUGUUACUGUUGGUGGAUGCUCCAUAGUGGUACGACGGAGCUUUUCUCAGGCAGCAUUUUCCACAGGUUGCUAUGGCCAGCCCGUGAACUGCCAUAUGUGUAAACAUCUUCUCCUUUAUCUUCUCCCUUGUUGUGUUCUUACGUGAAGGCAGCUGGAAAUCGGUUGGUUAACCUGUAUCAAGAGAAAACUACACUAUGGGUCUGCUGACCCUUGUUUAACAGACAACAGCUUGUAAAAGUACAUGAAACACGAAAUUAGCUUUUCUUCUAGGUAA